UUACUUAUUUUCCAAAUAUUUUUUAGCAGUGUUAUGUUGGUACAAUUUGGCAGUGGGUGUGACGUGUGCUUAUAGUGCAUACAUUUAUGUGACUCAUCAGACAUACAGUUCUUAUGAAGGAAGGAGAAUCACCUUCAGUGUUUAAUUGUAUAUCAUUUAAAUAGUUUGGUAUCUGUAUCACCACCAAUUGUUGCUCCAAUCUGCUGGAUAUAUAAACACCACAGCAACUACUACACAUUUAAAUCCACUUGUAUUCAAAGUGGCUUACAGGUGUGACUGUAAAAGCAUUCACGUCGCCCAAUCAAAAUAUAGUUAUCCAUAAACAUCUUGAAUAGAACGUGGCGUAUUAAACCAGGGUAAGUCUCCCAGUGUUAGGCCUCAGUCCAGGGUUUAGGAGUCAGGGUUCGACUAGCUUAGUCUAGCCUACAGUAGUAGACGAUGGCUACAAGACGCCUAACCUUGAGUAUGUGUGAACAACGCUUCGUGAACAGUAAUUAAUUUUCCUUUACACUUGGGGCUUAGGUAUCAGGGAGGUUGGAGCUGGCUGAGGCCCAACCCUGGUUCUCGCACAAUAGUGCCCGGGGAGGCGUGAAUUACAAGUCGGAUGGAAUGUAGGAAAAGAAGACAAAUAAAUGAAUCACCCCGGGGGAACCAGUCUGACAGGGUUGCCACGUUGGACAGGCUAGCUGCCUGCCCACAGAUUCAGCAUCAGAAGCUCGACACCGACGACAAACUCGGUGAAACGCGGAUCUGUGUACUGCUAGGAUGGCGUCGACCGGCCCUUAAUUGAUCAGGAUCCAUUCAUUGAAACGCCUGCGUGUGGCGGACUGCGACCUGUCUGCGUUGCCAGGGUAACUGGAUGGAGAGGCGGUGGGAUGAGUUAAAGAAGGCACCAAGAGACGAGGCAGUGAGCAGUGUAAAUCAAGUUGAAGAGCUACCUGAUCGCGCCUUCUGGCUCCUGACCUGGAGGGAAAGCUGUCCAUCGCGGCGAAGCUGGUGCGCUGUAGCACUAGUGUGUGUGAUGUGGUCUUUCUGCCAGGUGGAGGCGCCAUUGCACCCUUCUCUCGGACUGGCCGAAGUGGCGUGGAGGAUACUGUGCUCCGGAUGCCUUUUAGCAGGCCUGGGAGCUUGUGCCAUGCUCUUGAAGAAGAGCCUGUGGCGCAGUGGAAAGGCGAUGGUGCUUUGCUCAGAAUCGGUGGCAGAUCAGAAAAACACACAUUUUUCGUGGGUGAGGAAGGAGCCGUCCCUACCAGGCAGAGAAGUCUCCCUGGCCCGGGCCCUUACAGACAGCCUGCUGCUCUGUGUUCUCCAGGAGUCCCUCUCCCACCCCACCCUGCCCCACGUAGAGGUUCUCCUGGCCAGGCUCAAGAGGGUGUCCCGGACCCUUCAGGGGGCUGAAGGUCUCCCAGCGGCCGGGUCGGACUGUGAGGCCCUCGCGCUGGUGGAGAGAGUGAAGGCCCUCAACGCAUACCUGCAUCAGAGGACAAGGACGCUUGGCGGUCUGCUACGGGCGCAGGGGGAGUUUGAGGCGGACGUGGAGGGCCUGCUGGGGGGUCUGCAGCUCCUCUGGACCCAGCUGGAGGAGCUCCACACCAGGGUCACCCUCACCAAGGACUGGAGCCAGGGGCAGCAGGGGGAUCUGGCCAGCACCAAGGCUGAGGCAGAGUUUGUGUCCAGGAUGGUGGAUCAGUACCGGACCAGACUUCAGCUCUGUCAGAACCACCAGAGGGAAACCACUGAGUUGCUGCAGGAGCUGACCUGGACUCACAUAAACAUGAGCGCUCACGUUAGCGACAGCUGCAGCAACGAGUCAGUCUGGACGGAGCUGUUACUGCAGUCCAACAUCGAGCAGUUUGACAAGGUCCAGGAGAACUUCCUGUCUGUGGACCAGCAGACCUCUACCUUCCAGGCCCACCUGGACGGGCUGGAACGGGGGGCUCCUGACGGACAAUCCACUGGCCUCCCAAUCUGUUCCUCCUCCUCCUCCUCCUCCUCCUCCUCCAGGGCUGCCGGUCGGAUUGGCCCCUGCCACGUUGAGCCCGCCCCUUCCUUCGUCACUGUCUCCUCAUUGGACGAAUCCAACCAGGCUUUCCCCUCCUUGGACAAGGAUAUCACCCAAACCCUCUGCGAGAGGUCAGCCCUUCAGUUCUCCUCCGCCUUUGGACGCCUUCGGAAAUCUGGAAAGAAGAAAUGAUUCUCAUUUUAUGUUAUUUAAAAAUGUUGCACUGCGGCAUGCGUCAGAGUAACUUAUAUGCGUGUAGCAUUUUCAAGUGUUGAUCAUUUGACUUUUGCUGUUUACUUGUAUUGCAUGUAUUUAUUUGUAACUUUUCAAAGUUUUAUUUUAAUACAUGAUUGUUAUGAUGCGUCGUCUUCGAAUUAAUCCCUCUGCAAAACAAAUUAUGUUGUACUGCUGCUUAUCUUUUCAGAGUAGCCUGGUUUAUUACAAAUCGGAUGCCCUCAGAGAAUGAUUAAACUGUCAGACACAAGGGGGCGUCACACCACCAGGGAUCCAUGCAGUCACCUGCUCAACCAUCACCAUAAAGACAACGCGUCUCAUUCAAUACAUCCAGACGCUUCUCUUCAUUUAGUUUCAUGAGGAGAUAGCCAGGUUUUCUGGCUGUUCACCAUAUGGUCUAUAAACACAUUCCUGCACAUGAUUUAACCAUUUUCUGCCAAAGCCCUUUUCUUCCUUUAACUAUUUUCCAAGUUUUAUUGAGGGUCAUCUCAUAUUUUUCUGGUAUGAGACUAAUUCAAUGAGAAAUGUUUUCUAAACUUGAAGCGCAUGAUGAAAAGUGUAUAUGCAAUUCCCCCCCCCCCCCCCGCUCUUUCAUUUGCUGCUCGCUUUGAACCCUGAUCCAGUGUGACAGAGCUACUUUAGCAGUUAGCUGCAAGCUAAAUGGAUUCCUAUAUGUCCAUGAUUUUAAUAAAAAGGCCCCAACGUCCGAAAGCCUGGAGGGGGAAAAACAUAGAAGUUUUAAGCAAUACCAGACAUUUCCUCGCCCACCCCCCCCCCCUCCCCUUCCC